AUGGGACGCGGCGGCCGCAACGCAGGCCAACAGCCAUGGGCCGGUGGUGGCAAUACAUUCAGAGUCUGGCCUGGUGCAUACUCUCCUCAGGGGCCAGCAACCCGGGACCGCAAGCCGCCGUGGAAGGCGGAUGGUCGUGCUCCGACGGACUUCCCGGCCUAUUCCUCCAUGCAGCUCCCACCGGACCGUUCUGCACCUACGGGGUCCGCAGUGACAGCUAUGGAGGCACCCGGCACGAUGAACACCAACUCUAUCCAGAAUGCGCUCAAUAUUACUCGCAAGGCAGAGACAAGGCUGAGCCGCCUGCGGACGGCAUAUCAGGAAAUUGGGGCCAAGAUGACUGGCUACGAGCAGAAGCUGAAGGAAGCCCUGCGCAGGGAACGCGCCCGUUUUGCCCGGGACCAAGAGCGUCUUCUUCGCGACAUUGCCGAAGCCGAAGCGGCGCAGGAAACUGCGCGUAUUGGGCUUCGAGCGGCCUUUGCAGAGGAAAGGUCCGCUGCUAUUGGUGGCUUCGAUGUGGAUAUGGGGGACCAAGACGUCGACCGCCUUUUUGCGGAGUGGGCCAGAGAAGACAGCCCGGCGAUGGACGGUGUCCUGAGGAGGGCUCUCGCUCCGCCUCCUGCAAGUGGGAAUCCUGGCAGCUUUAUGACACCUACGCGUACUACUGCUGCUGCACCCCCCCGUACACCUCCAGCCACUGCAGAUCCAUACCUGGGCGCUCCUUCGCCCUUCCAUGCACCGCCAGGUUUGACAAGCCCGAAUCCGGCACAGAACCCCGUGGCGCCGGUGGUCUCCGCAGGUGGGGCGGCUCCACCUCCUUUGGCACCCGCGGAGCUUGUGGAUUCCGGGGCGCCUGUUGCUGCUCCUGCUGCCGAUGGGGGCUUUGGACCCAGCCCAACCUUGAGCGACAGGGUGCGAAGAAGGCGGGCCCUGGAACCCUUCGGAGGAAUCAGGCCUGGAGGAGAAAGCGGCGGCCGUGGCAAUGCAGAUCGCGGCUUGAGCCUGGAAGCUGCUCAAGCGGCGAUCGCAGCAGGGCGACCGGUCCGUCUUGUGGAGGACGACAACGACGAGGAGCUGGCCGACAGUGGCGUGAGCGAGCUGCCUUUCCCGCUUCUGCCGUCGACCAUUGUUGCCCUCUUCCUUCGGGCUUCCCACGAAUGGGCUCUUGGGAUCUUCUUUGCGUACGCAACGCUAACACCAGACCCAGGGGAGCCAAAUGUAGACAGCGGGGGAGCCAUGGGCUCGAAUCAGGUCCGCUUGCCGCCGGACUCGAUAACCUCUGAGUAUCGGGCCUCAGUGGAAGCAGAUAUCGCCUCAAAGGGUUCCAGCACGCGUCACACUGUGCCCUCCUGGCCACAGGAUUGCCUCUCAGCUGUACUUUUCGAUGUCAGGGCCAUGACGGGAAAAGUUUUUGCUGAUGUGCUGCCUCGCCAGACGUCGCUACAACGACCCACGCCAUGGCUCAGCAUCGAUCCCAUUCCUUCCACGGCCAGGGCCCUGUGCGUUCUCAUCCUGCACGAGUCCGGCAAGUUCCUGUUCAGUGAUUUCGUGCAGUGUGACUGGCAGAAUGCACUACGUGUGACACAUUUCGUGGGAGUUGAGAUGUCUGAGUCUAGACUUGUUUCGGCUGCCGGUCUUGCCUCAUAUAUCUACCACGGGACCCAUGUGCGUGGGGUCAUCGCGGUCUUGGGCCGCAGCACCACCCGAGACCAGCAGAACAGGCCAUUACCGGCGGUUUUCUUUCUAGACGGCCGGCCAAUUGGGCAAGACGUAAACUUCUGCGUCAUGGAUAGCUACUAUGUCUCGCGUGAAUUCCUGCGUGGGCGUGUGCAGUGUCGACCGCCGCCAGGCCACAGGCUCGCUGUCAUGGGCGGGCAGCUGCGAGACAACGGAUUCGAGUUUCAUGGGGGUGAGGUUCUGACCUUGGCUUACCUGCCUGAUGACGAUGACCCCUUCGAAGCACUAGAGUCAGAACCGGACGGUUCAGAUGACCCCUUUGAUUCGCCUCAUGGAGCUUUCGUUGUCAAACUUGGCGCUACACCCUCUCUGCAUGCCCUUGUCAGUGACAGCAGCCGCGGGGAUGGGCCAACACGGCUGCCCGAGCUACGAGACAUCAAUGAUCGUUCAACACGCUGGCAGCCGCCUGAUUUGACGAUUGCUGCCCCUGAGUUUAUCGAAAAUCCGCCUGCACUGGCCCCCCUGCGAGCCCUUUUUGUUGUCCUCUGUGAAGACUACCGGCCUGAGGUCAUCCCGCUUACCUUCUGGCAACCGGUUGACUACUUCCUUGCCAUUAGGGAAGUGCAGACAUUACGCCUUCCAGAUGUCAGGCGCCACUUCCCGCGUCUGCUCGCUAUUGAGCCACAGCCCUGCACGCAAUUUGCCGUUCUGCUCGGGUUCACAGGGCUGCCCGGCCCUUUCUGCGAUAUUGUCUUCGACUGCAGAGCUGUGGGAGGCUAUGUAUUCGCUGGGCAUGCUGAUUCUGAGGCACAUCGAAGCGAGCUCUUGGCAAUCGCUGGCUAUGCCCACCGGUUUGAUAUAGACGUUUGGGUCCCAUCUGUGCGCGGCCCUUUGCCAGAUCACCAGCGCGCAGGGCUCUUUACUGGCUCUUUGGUCUCCCUGGCACCGCGCGGCAUUGUCCCCCCACGUCUUGCACCUCUGGCCGAUAUGCUACGGAGACCCGACAUGUGGAAUGCCCGUGCUGAAGUCCCGUUUGCAUCAGACCCUGGAGUUUGGUUGUUGACGGACGAGGGGCCCUCCUUCUAUGCGAUUCCCAUAGGGGCACUGCUGCUUCCGCCGUUCUUGUGGUCUCUCAGAGGACCUUGUCCCAGAGGCUUUCAGCUGAUCGCGGAUGGUGCUCCGCGCAUCUUUUCCAGGGACCGCAACACAGGCACACAGGUUUGCGCAUUCGGACAGGCAAGCCACAAUGGGGGGGGCGAAAACCCGCCUGCUGGCCCUCCCCCACCUGGACCUCACGAGCCGCCCCAUGACCCACUCGACGUGCUAACAGCCCUUGUGUUGUCCCCUGCACUUCGAGCUGCGUCCCCUUGUGGACUUCUGUGUGUCAUGCUGUAUGCUUCCCCUGUGCUGACUGCGAGUGUGGCUUUGCCCACCGAUGAUGCCACAGCCCGCGAUGCCGGUCCAUUGUUCCGUGCCGACACAUGUGCCUGCUUGCUGCAUCACUUCCUCGUCGCCAGCCUGCCUGUGAUCCUUUAUAAGAAUCUUGGGGUCGCCUGGCCUUUCUUUCCGGCCAACUUGGCAGCCCUCUUCGAGCCAGACCUUGAUGAGCCCAACGAGCACGACACGGCUAGACCUGUGCGAGUGUCUUUUGCGGUGCUUAUUCCUAAUUACCCGCCAGAGCUGGGACAGGUCGACCUUGAGCUACCUUGCACGCCAGAUGAAGCAAUUGAGGCUAUUCAGGCUGCUCGCUCAACCGCGUCAUAUAUCCGAUUCCCUUUUCUCACCCCUGCAUCACCACAGUCUGUGGUUGGACACGCAGUUGUCCUUGCAGCUCCGAGAUGGGCGCCAAUGAUUAUGACGGUCCUGAUUAACACGUCCGGCAUAGAUGGUCGCAUCUUUGCCUGCCAUGCCCCUGACUACGCGGACUGCGAAGUCCUUAUCGCACUAGCCGACUUGCCACCGCAAGGGGACUACCAUAUUUUUGCAGGUGACGAUGACCAGCCCCUGGACGACGGUGCGCAGGCACAUUUGUUUCCGGGCAUUCAGAUCUCUUUUACGUUUGCUGACCAGCAACCUGAAGUUGGGCUGCCUUUUGCCAGGACCCUGCUGUUGCCUGAUGCCUGGGGCCAUGACACGCCCUUCCCCCAAGUUGUCAUUGACCAUGCUUACUGUGUCGUGCACGAGAAUCGGUUUGUUCUCCACAUCGAGAACUACAGGAACCCCUUCCGUUUCAGGAUUAACUUGGCACGCAGGAUCGGUGUCGAUGACAGGGAGAAAGCCCCGAUCUCAACAGUCUUGCCCGGAUCUUCCAGACUGACGCGCCCCAGGGAUGGAUGCUCUGUCAUCAUCGUUGACUACAUGCCUGUACUUGCACCCGCUGAGGAUCACAGAACCCUGCUGGCGCGCCCGCUACUGCAUCUGGGCAAGGGGCACAAGGGAACGAUGGAGAGCCACCGCACAGCCCUGACGGUGAAGCCGCUGGCCGAGUACGCCCUGGACUAUACUACUGAGCUCAUUGAGGCCCGGGUACCUGUUGGGACCCAACCGUCCGUGGCGCUUCUUUAUGUGUCCCAAGUACGUAACAAUCGAGACCGCGAGAGAUUCCCGAUUUGGUGUGCCGUUGAGCCCCAACCGCUUGGAGCACAAGCCCUUCUUCUUGCAUUGCUACUAUGGGCACCUGACGGGGCUAUAGCUGCCUUUGACCUUACAGGCGUUGACGGACGUUUGUUCGCACUCCAGAUCGGGCGUCAUGUCACGCGUGCUGGGCUCCUACAAGCUGCGGAGCUGCCUGACGACCCGCGCUUUGACGUGUUUGUCGGCACGAUGCCAUGGGCGAUUCCGCCCACCACGCCUGUUGACAUCAAACAUGGCGACCUGGUUCAGAUCACCUUUGCAGGCCGAGGCCCAUCUGUCGUCUCUUCCUUUGCCGACAUGUUGCGGUCUGAACGCGGUUGGAAUCCGGACCUCACUUUCAUCCGCGCUUUCUCAGGUUGGAAUCUCGACGAUGCCUGGGUCCUGAAUGAGGACCGCCCUUUUCUGCUCCAUGUAUCGGCGGCAAGGCGAAGAUAUGUCCGCCAAGACCUGGCUCUCCGCCUUCGUAUCCCGGUCGACGAGCUCAUCCUUCGCCCUCCACAACCUCGCAUCGUUGACUUCUCUCAUUGCGGAUGGGUGACCUGCAGUGUUUUGUAUGCUGCCGGCACCGCCAAUGGCCAGCAUUAUGCAGCAAUUAGGGACCCUUUCUGCUUCAUCGACCUGCGGCCUAUCCUGAGAGGUUUCUGCACCCAUAUUUGGUACGGCCAGCAGGAGGUCGACCCGUCUAGGCUCGACAUACAGGUUGAGGGUCCAGACGGCGGUACCAGCGGUGAUCCUGACCCCUUCCGGAAGCACCGCCCAGACCUGAUGCCGGUACUGGACAAGCAAGCCCGCACCUCUGCUGCUCCGGCACCUCACUGGCACACCGGAUUUGCCGUUUGCACGGGAGCUUCACCGUCCUCCAUCCGAGGGCCCCUGCUUUCGCCCGGGGUCGGCCCCGUUCCCGGCGAUCCUGGCUCCGUUGCAGGCCAACAGCAGCCUCCCGAGCAAGGUGACCAUGUUGUGUUUGAGACGUUGCUCGAGGAGAGUAGCCGCGACAGCAAUGGCUACCCUUUCUACCUUGCUGCCACUCUGCUUGAGACACUUGUCGACCACUUCGCCGACGGAGCUUUGAUCUCUGCUGGCACGCACGCUAGCCCUGCUGCUGCACGACCCCUGGUGCUUUUGCUUGAUUCUGUCGUGCCCUGCACGCCUUACAACAUUCCUCCGGUCCCUCCCACGCCGCUCCAGCUUGGGACUUUGCUACGUCGGCUUCAUGUGUCCCCCGAGCCUUUGUUGCUAGGGGGUACACCCUUGGGCUUUACCAGUGAGCAAAUUUCAUUGUUCCUACAGCCUGCUGUCUGCUUUGGUACUCUGAGCGAUUUGCUCGCAGCUCUUCCGCCCCGGCGAGCGCAUUCAUUGCGUGCCCUCCUUGGCUGGGCUUGUGUCUUCAUUGAUGUGGCUCUAUUGUGCAUCAGCAUUGUGUCCGGGCCUGCCCCCCCUUGGUUCCUGGAUCUCAGUGUUGCACCCUCUGCCUUUGUGGCCGAGUGCAUGGCUCUAACAGCAGCAACUUGGGUAGGUUGCACAGCUUUCCAUGGUCAGUCGAUUCAUUUUCUUUCCGACUGUCAGUCCGCCAUUCGGGUCGCUGCAGGUGAGGUUUCUUCCUAUACCAGUGAGGUCGCCCUUGUCCUUCGCAGGACAGCAGCCUGUUUUGAAGUCCUCCAGGGAUCCCCCCUUGUAUUCGACUAUGUGCCAGGCCAUCAGGGCCACUUUGGCAAUGAAGUUGCUGAUAUUACAGCCAAGCUUGCCUCCAGGGGAUGUACUGUGGGCCAGCUGGUAUGGAAAGAAACCGGCGGCUCUCACCCCCUCGACUGGUGGUCAGCGGGGGCCCCGCGCGUUGAGUGGUGUGGCGUUGCGGCGAGAGCCCUUAUUGGUGAUACAGCCAUGCCCCCCCUUGGUAGUGUUCCCGGUGACGUUAGGGAUGACCUCGGCAUGACGCCCCAACAAAUGCUUGCCCCUUUCUGCCCGCAGAAGCCUGCGACCACCCCCGAAGGUGGUGCCGGUGAUGGUGCCCUUGCUUUCAGCAUCGCCACCUAUAACGUGCUUUCCCUUAGCGGACGUGCUUUUGAGGAUCGUGAUCCGGCUGGACUUGCCUUUUCAGCAGGGCGCCCUGCCCUGUUAGCGGCCAGCCUGGAUAAGGCGGAUAUCCAGGUUGCCGAUUUUUGCGAACCUCGGGCUUCCUGCGUUUCUCCUCUGGCAGUGAAGUUGGUUGCUUUGGUGUCGAGCUCUGGUUUAAGGAGGGAUUCCCCCUGCUUCGCAGUGGCGAUGCUGGCCACCAUGCCGCCACCUUCUGCCGAGAAGCAUUCUCUACUGCCCAUAGCGAUAGUCGUCGCCUUAUCCUUCACUUUCAUAGUGGGCACAGAGGCUGACAAGUUACAUGAAUGGUGGGAGCGUACGAUCACUUUGCUGAAACAUGCUGCUACCCGUGCCCCGCUAGUCUUGGGGGGCGACUUCAAUGCUGCCGUGGGCUCCCAGUGCUGCAGCAGGAUCGGGGACUGCUGGCCUGAGGAACAAGAUGUUGCUGGCGCCUUCCUUGCCGAGCUUGUCACAACCUGUCAAUGCUGGUUGCCCUCAACUUGGGGCCACCUCCACUCGGGCCAAUCAUGGACCUAUGUGCAAAAGCGAAAUAAUGCACUCCAGCGCCCUGAUUUUGUCUGCCUGCCCGAUUGUUGGGAGAGUGCUCGCGUCUUGUCAUGGGUUGACCCUGAGAUUCAUGUUGGGCAGCCUUAUAUUGACCACUUUGCGGCAGUUGUUCGUGUAGCCGCCAGGCUCCGACUCGCUGGUGGCGGCUUAGGCACUAGGAAGCCAGCUCGCAUCGAUGCACAUGCGCUAGUCGAUCGCAGCAACCGCCCUAAGCUACAGGCUAUUGUGGAUAAGGCCCCUCGUGCCCCUUGGAAUGCGUCUGCUGAUGCCCAUGCGGCACAGCUUGUGGGAUACCUCCAGGGGGCUCUAGCUGAGGCUUUUCCUAAGCCUAAGCAACGAAAGCGAAGAGACUACCUCACUGAUGACACAUGGGCACUCUAUGCGCAGGUCGCUGCUUUGCGCCACCGAUGUGCCCGGUUACGGGCAUACACGCAGUACCAUCUCCUUGCUGCGGCCUUCCGUGCCUGGUCGACCCGUGGCGCCGAGGCUUUUGAAAAUGCCCUUGCCUCGCCUUGGGCCCUCGACGCCUCCGUUCAAGGCCAGCGGCACAGGGAUGCCCUUAGGGGCUUGUCUAAGCAGCUUAAGCAUGCCUGCCGAACUGACAGGGCGCGACAUUUGUCUAGCCUUGCUGACGAGGUGCAGGCCAACACCCCGGGAUCCUUUCAGGCUUUAAACAGGCUUCUAAGUCUCAAGCAAAAGAAACCUUUCGCACCCGAAGUGCUGCCGGAAGUCCUCGACGCUGACGGCCGGGUCUGUGAAACCCCUGCCGAGGCCACGAAGCGGUGGCGAACUUACUUCGGCGACAUGGAGUCCGGUGUGCAGAAGGAUGCCGAUGGUGUCUAUCAGGUGGUGGCUGCCCGUCAAGGUCUGGCCUGGCCCCUGCCCGAAGAUGUCACCGAGAUACCCGGGCCCGCUGAGUUGCGCAAGGCCAUGGCGCACACGCAGCUCAAUAAGGCCAGCGGCCCAGACGGCAUUCCUGGGGAAGCCUUUAAAGCCAUGCCUGCCGCCCUUUCCUCCCUGGUCCUGCCCCUUGUGCUGAAGCUAGGCCUCUCGGGCGAAGAGGCUGCCGGGUUGAAAGGAGCCCUCCUUACCUGGCUCUACAAGUUCAAGGGUGCGAGAGUCUACAUUCCUGUGGUCACCCACCGUGGCUCGAGGCCCGGAUCAUCACUCGCAGACAUCAUGUAUAGCGCCGGAGUCGGUUGCAUCAUUGCAAAGAGAGACUCCCUUCGUACUGCUGAUCCCAAUGCUGGCCGGGUUCCUUGUAUCCCGUGGGACGGCAGACGGGAUGUUUCUCCCGCUGGUGCUCCUACACAAUGGCCAAGCCUGAGCGAUGUCAUUUGGGCGGACGACCUUGCCGCUUGCUUUCUGCUGUCUGACUCUGCCCGUGCCGCACACCAGGUCGGUCUGGAGGCUUCAUUUCUGGACGAGGCCUUUGGUUGCCAUGGGUAUACGCUCACCUACGGCGCCUCCAAAACCGCUGCUAUGGUCCUCCUGGGGGGCCGUGGGUCCAAGGCUGCCAAGCGAGCCCUCUUCAGCCGUGCUGGGGCAGUCACGGUUCUUAGGGAGCACCACCCUGCUGCACCGCUUCCCCUGGUGGCGCAAUAUAAGCACCUUGGUGUUAUGGUUGGCACUUCGUUCCUUACCGAGCUCCGCGCCAGGUGUGCCUCGGCCUGGGCGGCUUUCCGGCAAGGCCGGGUACGUGCUUACCGGUGCCGACGUAUUUCUGUGGCCCGCAGAGGUGCACUGCUACGUGCUAUGGUGCUCCCAAGGCUUCUCUUCGGGGCUGGUGCCUGGCCCUCCCUUCGCCAAGGGGAGCACGCACUGCUCCACAGAACUCUCGUUUCUAUGUACCGGCAGACCCUUUGCAUCCCCCGGACUGAAGAUCAACACAUCACGGGGGCCACAAUGUGCGCGCUCCUCCACCUGCCCGACCCGGCCACAGUGCUUCGCGUGGAGCGCCUACGGUACCUGCGUCAGUUAGUCCAGGCUGCGCCCGAUGCUCUGUGGGCCCUUGUUCGAUCCAGCCCCUCUUUUCUUGCUGUUGUCAGGGAUGCUAUGGCGUGGCUGCACCGGCGGCUGUCAGCCACGAUCCCCCUCGGGGACCCUGCCUGUGAAUGGCACGCUUGGGCUGAUACUAUGUGCCGUGCUCCCGGGCGUUUCCGUGGUUGGAUUAAGCGGGCCGCUGCGCUUGAGAUGCUCCGCCUUACCUCCCAUGCCGCCCUUCAGGCUUGCCACCGCUUCCUCUCCCAUUUCUGUCCCGGGGCAGGCGAUGCCUCCUACUCGGAGAGGAAGCGCCCUACCGAAGCUUGCAUACCGUGCCGCAAAGCUUUUGCUGAUCGUGUUUCCUGGGCUUGUCAUGCCAGCAAGGUGCACGGGUAUCGUACUCGUGCCACCGAGACGACCCGUGGAUGUCAGCAGGCCUGGUGCAGCGGCUGUGGCAAGCUUUUUGCCAAUGCCAAUCGCAUGAAGCGGCACGUUUUCGUCACUCCUGCGUGCCAGGCUGCCUGGGGCUCCCAGGUCGACUUGCUCCACUGGAUUUGCGAGCUGAUGCUGAGGAGCCUGGCUGCCACCCUGGACUUCUGGCUGCACUUCUUGGGUUGGAUGCAGACGAUGAAUCA